AUGGCGCUGGGCGAGGCCCUGCUGCCGGCGUCGGAGACGGAGACGAGAGCCAAGUACCGCAAGAAUGUGGUCAAAAUCUUUGUGGUCUACUUCAUGUCGAUCGCGGUCCGCGAGGUCGCCUUCGGGCCCCUCUUCAACAUCUACCUCCUCGAUAUGGGAGGCAACAUGCUUGUCGGCUCGAUUGAGUCGAUGCGGGGGCUAAUGCAGAUGCUGCUGGCGUACCCGCUGGGGAAGCUUGCCGACUCGCUGCCGCGAGGGUUGCUCCUCCUUGCAGGCAUCAUGAUGGCAGGCAUCUUCAUGGACGCUCAAAAGUUCAUCGUCGUUGGCAUGUGCUUGUGGGCUCCGGCGAUGCAAAAUUGGUUCUCCACCUCCAACGCGAUUGUGGCCGACAGCACGCCGCCAGAGACACGGACAGCAACGAUGGCGGACAUGUCGAACAUCCAGGUGAUCGCGAGUGCCAUCGGCCCCGCCAUCCAGAUGUUCUUUCUCUUCGUCUUGCAGCAGGACAGCUGGGACAGGCCGACGCUCCACAAGGCGGACGCCGCUCCGAGCCACCUGAACAGCACGUUCAUGCUCGAGGAGCUGCCGCCACUGGAGAAGACUGCGGCCAAGGGCCGCGGCAAGUACAUGUCCGCCGACCUCGACCGGCCGGUGUUUGGCGGGCGGAUACCGACUCGGUGGUACCUGGCCAUCGCGCUGCAGAUUUCUAGCACCAUCACCGCGAUGGGCGCCGGCAUGACCGUCAAGUUCUUUCCGCUCUUUUUCAAGGCGCGCCGAUCCCCCGACCGAGUGGACUACGGCUUCACGCCCCAAGCCCUCUGCCUCCUCACCUUUGCUUGCCCCAUCGCAAUGGCAGUGAUGCAGCGCGUCUGCUUGCGCGUCUCCAACUCCCUCGGCCGGCUGCCCGCCAUCAUGCUGUUCCACUUUCUCGGCACGGCCGCGCUCGUCGUAAUGUGCUUGUGCGACAAUGUCGCGGCGCUCGUCUUCCUGUUCAUAAUCCGAGGCGCCCUGAUGAAUGCGCGCUCGCCCAUCAUCACGGCCGUCACGAUGGACCUGGUCACCACCGAGAUGCGCGGCCGCUGGGCGUCCAUCCAGUCCAUCACGGGCUUCUCCUGGUCGGGCAGUGCCUUCAUCGGCGGCGUGAUUGCCCAGGCAUACGGCUACCGAUUCAGCUUCUUUGUCACCGCCAUCGUCUACAUGGUCUCCUUCGCGCUGAUGUUCCCAAUCAUGUGGGCUUUCCCCAAAGAGCAGGACACCACCGUCGAGGAGGCCAUCUCGAUGGUGCGGCAAAGCCAUGCACCGAGCCGCCCCUUCUCCGUGGUGAUGAACGACGCAGGCUCCUUCUUGCCGGACGACCCGGAGGCGAAGAAGAAGGCGCCGGUGGGUCCUUGA